CCCUGGGUUUUUAUUUAAUAAUAGUCGCAACCGAAAAAUAGCCGUCUGCGACAAAAUUCAAUAAACAUUACACAAACGAAAAACGCUACCACUACCCCUCGGCUUGGUAAUAGAAAGAUGUUAAAUUCAAUAGUGUUUCGUUAGUUAACUGCAAACCCCCUUUUAAACCCACCGAUAUUUUGAGAACCAGUCAAAUCUUCAAGUUACCAAUGUCUUUCAUAGCCAUUGAAAGGGUGUUAUGUGGAUGGCCGCGCUUUUGCCGCAAACUUAUCAUAACCUCGCGGUCGCUGACCUCUGGCUUGUGGCGCGCACUGGUCAAGCAGCCCGGUGCAGCGGAAAAUGUUGGAAAACCCGGGAUGGAGCUUGGGUGGAGUUCGUGCUUUGGAAUCUCAAUAUUAAACCUCAGCAAGGCAUCCGUUGUGUACGUGGGACACCGACGCUACUCGACGUAUGAGAAGACGUCUACGCAGAUUUUAACGAAGCUCUUUCCGCAAACCUCUGAGGAGCCCAACGACGAGGAGAGUCGUGAGCGGCGGAAACUGGAGGAGGAGGAGGAGAUGAAGGAGAUGGAGCGGGCUUGGAGGCGGAUGAAGCUGGGCUUUGGGCUUUUCGGCAUCGGAGGUUUGUUGUUCUCGUUUUGGGCUAUCUAUUACUUUGGGAAACCGGCACUGGAUGAGCAGGGAAAUGAAGUUAUCGACGAUUUCAGUCGUCUGCCUCUGGUGAAGCAGUACAUGUGGCGGACAUGGCAGUCGGUGAACCACUUUCAGCGGUUCAUUCAAGAGCCGUCGAGUCAAAAACUGCUUCCUGAGCCCCUUCAAGCUCCCUACGUGCAGCCGUCGUAUACUCUGGUACUUGAGAUCAAGGAUGUGCUGGUACAUCCUGAUUGGACCUACGAAACAGGAUGGCGCUUUAAGAAGCGUCCUGGCGUCGACCUCUUUCUGAAAGAGUGUGCUAAGUACUUUGAGAUCGUGGUUUACACGGCGGAGCAAGGAGUCACUGUGUUCCCGCUGCUCGACGCCCUUGAUCCGAACGGCUAUAUUAUGUACCGCUUGGUUCGCGACUCUACGCACUUUGUUGGGGGCCACCACGUGAAGAAUCUGGACAACCUCAACCGAGACCUCAAGCGAGUGGUUGUCGUGGACUGGGAUAGGAAUUCCACCAAGUUUCACCCCUCAAACAGUUUCUCGAUCCCGCGGUGGUCGGGAAACGACAAUGACUCCACCCUCUUUGAGCUGGCGUCGUUCCUUAGUGUCCUAGGAACCAGUGAGAUUGACGAUGUCCGGGAUGUGCUGCAGUACUACAAUCAGUUCAGUGACUCGCUAUCCCAGUUUCGCGAAAACCAGCGGAAGCUGAGUGAGCAAAUGCACGCCGAGGAGCUGGGAAAAACCAGCAAGUCUAGGUCGGUUGUCAAGAACUGGACACGUGGCUUCAUAGGUCAUUGAACAGGUUGUGCGUUUGAUGUGUCCUUUAACUACUUUCAAUUCACGCAAAAAAUGUCAUUCAAAUUUCCAAAUAGAUUUCAAAGUGCUACCAUU